CGGAAAACAAACCAUCAUGGCGUCUGCGUUGCGACUGAAGAACGGAAGCCUCACGAAUUUCUCCCGUUUGUUUUGCCACUGAAGUUUCUCUUAGGUCACGAUACUGUGGAAUCAUUCAACGGUCAUCUCUUAUUCGAUUUGAGUGGUGUUUACCUCACCAAGGCACCACUGACGUGGAAAGUGAAGAAGGUAAAAGUCGACCAUCGGCUUCAAGAUGGCGGAUCACCUCAAAUGCCAACUUCAACUGCAGGAACAGGCGCAGGCGAUACUUCCCAAAAUCUAAGGAAUUAUCGAAACAAUAGAGAGAUCGUGCGACCCUAUGAACAGAAUGACGCUGUCUGAAUGAUAAUCGCUACACGGAAAACAUCAUCCAAAACAGUCAGCGACCGACGGCAAUUUGUCCAACCGGAUGGAGCGCGGAGUUAGCCUGUGGCUAUCGGCCAAUGUUGUACGUGUAGACAACAAAGUCCAGACGCAGGGAUUCUGUUUACUUGUGCUGACUUCCAACAAAAACUGUCAGAUCCAGAUUUUACAUAGUGAAGGAACUACUGCGAGGGUUGUUUGAUUACUGGUGUAAAACUGACGACUGCCGACGUCGUGAACAUCAUCACUGUCGCGGAUCCCGGAAGAGGAAAUAGCCACAGUGGUCCGGUCUGUUACCAACAGUGUGUAGGCUGUUUUCUCUAUUUUUGUACGAAGGAUCGUGACUGCAGGACACCAACAUGACGUCCAUGGCUAUCCUGACGUGCCGCCCAAACUCGCAUCCCUUCCAGGAGCGGCGGGUUCUGUUAACGGAGGCCAUGAAGAUUGGCCGGUCGGUGGCCAGGGCCAGACCCGCCCCCAAUAACUGUAUCUUCGACUGCAAGGUCCUGUCCCGGAACCAUGCCCUCUUGUGGUUUGAAAAUUCAAAGUUCUUCUUGCAAGAUACGAAGAGCAGCAAUGGUACAUUUGUGAACAACCAGAGACUGAGUAAAGGGUCUGAGGAGAGCCCAGCCCACGAGAUCCACUCUGGAGAUAUCAUUCAGUUUGGAGUGGACGUCAUGGAAAACUCCAGGAAAGUGACUCAUGGCUGCAUCAUAGCACAGAUCCACUUGUACAACCCUGAUGGCACGGAAUUCAAACCAAGAAAUGGCAUGGCUCCGGGACCACCGCUGCCACUGAUGGGUCCUCCCAGUGUGAUCCAGAUCCAGGCACAGGAUCUGUACCAGCUGCAGCAGUACCUACAGGAGGCUGCUCACAGAGAACAGAUGUUGGAGAACAAGUUGGCCAUGUUACAGAGGGUGAUGUCAGAAACCCAGGAGGCGUCCCAGUCCAGCUGGCAGGCACUGAUCGAUGAGGACAGGCUCCUGUCCAGACUGGAGGUGCUGGAGAGCCAACUGCAGGCUUUUGCCAAGAACCAGACAGAAGAGAGCCUGCGGAAGGAACUAGUGGCCUUGCAGGAGGAUAAACACAUCUACGAGAACACAGCUAAGGAGUCAUUGAGAAGAAUAUUUCAAGAGAAACUGGAGAUUGUGACCAAGCUGUCUGACACAGAGCGCACCUGCAGUAAUGUGGAAGAUGAGUGCACACAUCUGAAGGAGUCGUACGAAAUGUCACAGGAAGAGCUGAAGGCCUUGGCAGCAAAACAUUCAGACAAG